AUGUAUUGCAACUUUAUACAAGAGUAUAUUGAUCUCGGUUAUGCAAAAAUAUUAAAAACUGAUGAGAUAGGAAUUGAUGGUGCGUAUUACAUGCCACACUAUGGCGUCUUUAAGCCUGAUAGUUCGUCAACGAAAUUGAGAGUGGUCUUCAACGCGUCCGCUAAAACAACGACGAACUUAUCGCUGAACGAUGUUCUAAUGGAUGCUCCUAUCGUCCAGAGUCCAUUAUUCGACAUCAUUGUACGUUGGAGAAUGCCAAAGUAUGCAUUCACUGCGGAUACCAGGCAGAUGUACAAACAGGUUUUGAUGCACCCUGCUCAUACGAAAUACUUGAGAUGCCUGUUUCGGGAUGACAGAACGCAACCCAUAAUGGAUCUGGAGUUGCUCCGAGUGACGUAUGGCGUUGGCCCUGCUGGAUUCCUGGCCACACGAUCGUUGAUACAACUAGCUAAAGAUGAACAGAACGAUUUCCCGAAAGCCUGCGAAGUGGUUUUGAAGUCGUUUUAUGUCGAUGAUGUGCUAACCGGAGCUGAUACGCUAGAAGAGGCGCAGAAGCUUCGUAAGGAUUUACUACUGCUACUAGGAAGAGGUGGUUUCAAGCUGCACAAAUGGUGCGCGAACGAAGCAGCCAUCCUGGAAGGAGUGCCAUUGGAGGAUCGAGAGAAGCAAAUGUGUUUCGAAAAAGGUGGUGUGAUAAAAACUCUCGGGGUGCUGUGGGACCCAGCGAAUGAUGUCUUUAUGUAUCGAGUGAAACCUAUGAAUGACUGUUCGUUACCUCAAACCAAGAGGCACGUGCUCUCCGAAAUUGCCAGACUCUUUGACCCUCUCGGUGUGUUGGGUCCGACAAUAGUGUUGGCUGAAAUAAUAAUGCAGAUGUUAUGGUUGAAGAAAAUCGAUUGGGACGAGUCGAUUCCUAUUAUACCUCGUCGUGUCACCGUUAAUAAUACUGCGGUUUACGAGAUACACGGAUUCUCGGAUGCGUCUCGUUCCGCUUACGGUUGCUGUGUGUACUUGCGUUGCAUUACCGAAGAUGGCAUCAUUGAAGUGAAGUUACUGUGUGGCAAGUCACGAGUCGCACCAUUGAAGGAGUUGAACCGUGAGGAGAAAGAGGGAGCGCCGCUGGAAGCGUUAACCAUGCCAAGAUUAGAGCAACGUGCAGCAGCGCUGUUAGCAGACCAAGUAAAAAAAGUGCGCGAAAUCCUAGGUUCUAACAUUUCCCGUGUCAUACUGAGGUCCGACUCGACUAUUGUGUUGAGUUGGAUUAAAAGUUCGAAACCGAACCUACCGGUGUUUGUCCGUAAUCGAAUCGCGGAAAUUCGUAAACUGAGUUGUGAUGCCGAAUGGCUACACGUAGGAACGAAAGAGAAUCCGGCAGACUUAGUGUCCAGAGGGGUGCUCCCCAUUGAACUGAUGAAAAGUGACUUGUGGUGGAACGGACCAAAGUUCCUUCGUGCGAGUAUAACUGAAGAAACUUUACAAGGAAAGACCAAAAGCUUGAGUGAGGAAGUGAUUACAGUGACAGCGAUAACUGUGCCCGAAGCUGAGUUGUAUAAGAACGUUUUGAGAGGUGAGCCAGUGAACGGUAAAAUACGAAAUUUGAACCCUAUCUAUGAUCCGAUUAAACGGUUGCUACGAGUAGGCGGUCGACUCAAGAAUGCUAUACUACCGUUGGACCAGAAGCAUCCGCUAAUACUACCGGAGAAAAACAGGUUCACUGAUUCUAUUAUUGAGGCUAUUCGCCGCGAAGAGCUGCACGUUGGUCCGAAUGGUUUAUUGGCCAAAAUUUGA